CGGGAACCGAAAAAAGAAAGAUCCCGCUCAAAGAAGCGUGCAACAGUUUGGUGUAGGCGGACAAGAGCUGGGGAUAGAUAGUAUGUGUGGAUAGGUGCGGGCGUCGGCUGCCGCCCCGCCUGUGGCCUCCCCUGCCUCCCUAGCUGCCUGCGUGUCGAGCGCUGCGCACAAUGGCGCACGAGAGGGCCCAACCAUCACAGGCAUCUCAGGUAGCCACCGAUGUGCCACUCGACUCACCGGUAAGGACGCACGAGCGCACGGCCAGACGGCAGAAAGAUGUGUUUGUCUGGUUGUAUGUCGGUCGAUUCGAUGCAGAUCCGAGAGUUGCUGCGGACCAGAUCUCGUGUGGGUUUCGGUCCGUCGACGGGCACCACCAUGACCUGCUCACUCUUACAGAUUGCCAUAUGUGUGGAUGGAUGCAACACAACACACACAUAUACACACACACGCCACACCACACGGAAUGCUAAUGGGUAUCUGUGUGCUUGUGUGUUGACCUUGCAGCCAACGGCAGCCAGGUUGAGGUAGUAGAGGCCCUGCUGGAUGCGCCGGGUGUGGCGUUGAAGAACCAGACGCUCAUGCACCACGUGGCGGCCUGCCCACUCUCCGGCCACCGCAAGCUGCGGCUCGUCAAGGGCCUGCUGCAGCGAGAGCCCUCACUGGCCACAGAGGUCCGUAUUUGUCUGUGUAUCCAUCCACACACACUCUCGGCCCCCUCUCUCCCACCCUCUGUGUGCGUGUCUGUGUGUGUGUGGUCAGGUUGACGAGUGCGGCCGCCGGCCCGUGCACAUGUUCUUCCGCUACCCACUCAACGAGGCGGCGCUGCAGAAGGAGCUGACAGAUCUGCUCAUAGCGACGGCCGGCCCGAGCAUCCUGCGUGCCCGCGACAUGUGGGGCAUGUGCCCGCGGGACCACGUGGCGGAGCCUGAGCACCGGUCCAACAAGGACAAGGAGCUCAACUGACCCACCGACCGACCAACGCACGCCACGCCGAUAUCCAUUGCCGAUAUGUAGAGGCCGACAGACAAGUGCACACAAAAACAGCGGUAGAGGUAGGUGUAGAG